AUGUCUUUGUACCGUAUCGGAGUUGAUGUCGGGGGCACCAACACGGACGCGGCGAUCCUCGACAUAAAAGCCCUGGACAGUCCUGGUCGCGGCGUUCUCGCUUCCCACAAAGCACCCACGACGCCUGACAUUACCAGUGGCAUCGAGGCCGCCAUCCGGGCCGUCCUCGCCAGCUCUGCCGUCGAUCAGAACCGGGUCCUCAGCGUCACCAUCGGCACCACCCACUUCAUCAAUGCCCUCGUCGAGGCAGACGCCAGGCGGCUGGAGCGCGUCGCUGUGGUGCGGCUUUGCGGCCCAUUUACUAGGCAGCUGCCCCCCCUGUCUGGCUUUCCCGUCGGCCUGCAUAGUAUCCUCGAUGGAGGCGUCUACUAUCUCGACGGCGGGCUUGAGAUGGACGGCCGCGAGAUCGCCGCUCUCGACCCGGAGCAGAUACGCACGGCCGCCAGAGACAUUGUCGCCUCGGGCGUCAAGGCCGUGGCGCUUAUCGGUGUCUUCUCCCCGCUGGACCACGAAGGAAUCCACGAGGAGCGGUGCAAGAGGCUGAUGCUGCAAGAGGCUCCCGAGCUCAUCGUCGUCUGCUCUCACGACAUUGGGCCCACGGGCUUCCUCGAGCGAGAAAACGCCACCAUCCUCAACGCCGCCAUCCUGCGGACUGGCCACCGGGUCAAGCGGGGAUUCAGGCGCGCCAUGGCCCGUCUCCGACUCACCUGCCCCCUAUACCUUUCGCAGAACGACGGCACCCUGAUUGACGCCGACAUGGCGGCCGAGUUUCCCAUCAAGACCUUUGCUAGCGGGCCGACAAACAGCAUGACGGGCGCGGCAUUCCUCGCCGGGGUUGACCAGAGGCCCCAGGCGGCUGCCGACGCACCAGCCGCAGGGGAGCCCCAGAUCCUGGUAGUAGACAUCGGAGGCACCACGACCGACGUCUGCGCGCUUCUGCCCUCGGGCUUUCCCCGUCAAGCCCCCGGGUUUGUCGAGCUUGGAGGUGUUCGUACCGCCUUUUCCAUGCCCGAGGUCAUCUCCAUUGGGCUUGGGGGCGGCAGCAAAUCCAGGAUCUUUGGCGGACCGAUACUAACGGCGACUGAUGUGAUAGUCGCGGCCGGCAAGGCCUCUCUCGGAGACGCCAAGUUGGUCCAGGACGUGCCCCGGACGACGAUAGACCUCGCCCGCAGCGAGAUCAAAGCCAAGCUCGAGACGCUCGUCGACAAAAUGAAGAUUUCCGCGGCCCCAGUCCACGUCCUCCUCGUCGGAGGCGGUGCGAUUCUCGUGCAGGAGAAGCUGGCCGGAGUCGACAUGUGCAUCCACCCUGUUCACCAAGGCGCGGCCAACGCUGUCGGUGCUGCCAUUGCCAAAGUCUCGGGCGAAGUCGACACCCUCGAGGUGCUCGGGAAGAAGCAGGAGAAGGAAGUCAUUGAUGCGGCCUGCAAACGGGCCGUCGAUCUUGCCGUCGAAAAAGGUGCCUCGCGCGAGGACGUCAAGAUCGUCGAAAUCAAUAAGAUGCCGCUACAGUACAUGUCCCAGGAGACGAUCCGCAUCCAGGUGCGAGCCGUGGGCAAGCUUGCCAUUCCCGAGGACCUGGUGCCUUGCCCCGGCGCUAAGGGGGUCAACGGCGACGGCGACCAAGACGCGAAUGACAACGUCGAAGCACAGAAGGUCAGCGUUCCCAACGCUCUGGAGCCCACAACCAAGCCCACAUUGGGCCUGGACCUGGAAUCCUAUCGUCCAGAUGUCCGUGGCGGUGUCUGGUACGUCUCCGAAGUUGACUUGGAGUUCAUGGCCACGGGCUGUGGCGUCUUGGGCACCGGUGGCGGCGGUCCAACCUACUACGAGUAUCUCAAGGGUCUGAAUGCUCUACGAGCCGGAGGCAAGGGCAAGAUGAGGAUCAUUUCGCCCAAGGCGCUCAAGGACGAUGACGUUAUUUGCUUUGGCGCCUGGUACGGCAGCCCAAGCGUCAUCAACGAGCGGACGUCGGGGGGGAAUGAGAUCAUCGACUCUAUUGACGCGGUGAAUAAGAUUCGAGGCAUCGACACCUUUUCCGCACUCUUUCUUGACGAGAUUGGCGGCGGUAACGGUAUGAGCGCCUUUCCCAACGGCGUUCAUUAUGAUCUCCCGAUUAUUGAUGGAGAUGCCAUGGGCCGAGCCUAUCCAACACUUUACCAUACCACUUUCAGCGUGUAUGGCUAUCCGCUCGUUCCCUGUGCCAUUACCGAUGCCGCUGGCAACGUUUCUGUAGCCCUUAGCACCAACUCGCCCGAGCGCCUGGAAAAGAUUAUACGGACAACGGCCGUCGAGCUGGGCCUGACAUGCGCAGCGAGCACGAAUCCGCUCCCGGGCUCGGCCAUCAAGGCUCAUGGCAUACCCAAUACGCUGUCCCUGGCCUGGUAUCUGGGCCGAGCUGUGCACCUAGCCAAGCGCAACAAGGCCAGCUACGUGGAUGCUAUCUUUGACGUCUGCGCGGGCAAGCUACUCUUUUCAGGCAAGAUCACAGACGUGCGUCGAUACAUUGGCGGUGGCUACACCAUGGGCGCCGUCAUGCUGGCCCCCCUGAGCCACGAGGAGCGAGAAUCGCCCGUCAACGCCAGCCGGCAGCAGGUGCCAACGGAUACGCACAUGACCAUUCCGUUCCAGAACGAGUUCUUGUACGCCGCGUACUGCGACCAGGAAGGAUCCGAGGCCUCGCAGCAGGUCGUGUGCACCGUUCCCAACCUCAUCUCAAUCCUCGGCCAGGACGGUGAGGCCAUCGGGUCCCAGGAUCUUCGGUAUGGGCUGCGUGUCAACGUCAUUGCCUUGCCGGCCCACCCGCUGUGGCGGACCCCGGAGGCCCUCAAGGUGGGCGGGCCGGAAGGCUUUGAUUUGAAGAUGGCAGAGGUUGGGGUUGAUAUGGGAUUCACGGAAGCAAGGAGUGUCAUUGACGAGUUUGGGUUUUGA